GACUUUUUUUGUGCAUAUAUUUCUCACAGAGCAUCAGUGUACUGAAGCCAGAAGUGGAAAAGUUGUCCCACUCCUCCAACGACAUCUACAACCACGUCAAGAGCAUGUCGAACACUGUGAGGGAAAGGCUGGAAGUCGGCGACAACAACAACAGGGUGGAGAAUCAUUUCACCAGUCAGCUGGAGGAACAACACGCCUACAUCAAGGAGAUGGUGGACACUUUCAUCCCGUCCAACGUCAGAGUGCUGCAGGGGAUCCUGGACAAGCUCAAGCAAAAAAUCCAGAAGCUGGAGAAGGCCAUCCUGAGCCAGAAGGAGGACUGCAAGGAACCAUGCAAGACCAAAUGUCCCAUACCGGUGGUGUCUGGUAAGGAGUGUGAGGACAUCUACCGUCGUGGAGGAACAGACUCCCAGAUGUACCUGAUCCAGCCUGAUGUCUUCAGCCCUGCGUACAAGGUCUUCUGUGAUCAGACCACCCAGAACGGAGGAUGGCUCCUCAUCCAGAACAGGCUUGAUGGUAGUGUCGACUUUGGCCGGCGUUGGGACGAAUAUCGCAGCGGUUUCGGCAACAUUGCAUUCGAUGUUGGCAAGGGUCACUGUGAGACUCCAGGUGAAUACUGGCUGGGCAAUGACCGCAUUAGUCAGGUGAGCAAGUUGGGCCCCACGGAGGUUCUCAUUGAGAUGGAGGACUGGACAGGAGCCAAGGUGAGUCAGACACCUUUGUAUUUACAGCACAAAUAUAUAUUUCAUCGAAAGAAAAUAAACAUGUAACUGUUUUGACUAUGU